AUGCCUGGGUAUGUCAAAGCAAAAGAACAAGCACACACGCAGACUCCCUCACGCACUGGCUGAGAGAGAAACAACCCCCCCCCCCUCUCUCUUUCCCAUAGGACAUCUUGUUACUAACUUGUUCUUGAUCUAGCGAAACAAUCACGAUUCAAGCGGGACAAUGCGGGAAUCAAGUGGGGUUCCUGUACUGGCAACAACUCGCACAGGAGCAUGGACUAUCUCCGGAUGGCACACCUUCAGCGUGGCCGCAUGACACCAAGUACGAAUUCAUCGACUAUAGCAGGCGGGCACCAACCGAUGGCCCCGCAAAUCAAGAAGCUAGUGGCAGCAGUAGCAGUGGCAAUGGCAAUGGUGCCAUACGUCCGUUGCUGCUGCGACGGAACCAGACGCUGUACCGCGACGAUAACCCCGAGUUGUUCUUCACCAUCUCCGACGCCGACAGAUACACUCCCCGCGCGAUAUUGAUCGAUCUCGAGCCGUCGGUGAUUUCCAAGACGCUCCAUUGCAUGCCGAUGUUCAACCCGAGAAACGCCCACGUGAGCGAGCAGGGGAGCGGCGCUGCUAACAAUUGGUCGAACGGGUACCGAUACGGGCAGGAGCACAUUGAAGAGAUGGUCAAUUUGAUUGAUCGCGAAGUUGACAAGUGCGAUAACUUGUCGCAUUUCCAGUUGAUCCAUAGCGUCGCUGGUGGCACUGGUUCAGGUGUCGGGUCGCGGAUAUUGGAAGUUCUACAGGAUCGCUACACGAGUAAAAAAAUCACCACUACGGUGUCGGUUUUUCCAUCGAAUGACAAGACGAGCGACGUGGUGGUGCAGCCGUAUAAUAGCAUCUUGACGCUCAAGCGGUUGAUUGAAAACAGCGACGGCACCUUUGUGUUCCAUAACGAUGCGUUGAACAACAUCGAGAACUUGCUCCACUUGAACCAUGCUCUGGCGCAACUGGAUGGCAUCAGCGGUAGGACUUCGUUUCUGGGAGCCAACAAGCUUAUCGCGUCGGUGGUGGCCUCAAUCAGCAACCCUAUUAGAUUCCCGGGUUACAUGUACACCUCGAUCGAGUCCAUCAUGGCGACGAUGGUGCCUACGCCCGAGUUGAAAUUUUUGACCACGUCGAUUGCGCCCUUUAGCACGCUCGCCACCCACCACAAGUACGUCAAUGAAUACGACAUGUUUUUGGAGUUGUCCGAUGACCGAUACAAGUCGGUGAUUCUCAACAACAACAAUAGCACGGAGACGUACUACUUGAGCCUCAUGAAUUUCCUCAUUAGCCCCAAGCACCUAGACCGGAGAGAGAUCCGUAAGGGGAUAUUGAAGAUCCAGGAACGCACGAAUUUCCCUUCGUGGGCAUCGAGGACCAUUGGCGUGGUGCAAGGUAAACAAGCGCCAUUUGUGACGGAUCGCGUGUUGCAAGGGAUACAGCUCUCCAACAAUACUGCCAUUGUUGAGCUAUUUGAGAAGAUCUUGCGACAGUUUGACAUGCUUGCCAAGAGGAAAGCCUAUUUGAAUACCUACUGCGAAGAGAACUCGGUGGAGGAAGUUGAUCGCGUCGCUGGCGUGUUUGCUGAGUGUCGCGAGACUGUCCAGACAGUGAUUGAAGAGUACAAGGCCUGCAAGAGUAUAAACUACUUGGAGGAUGAUGACCUUGAUGUGAACAUGAACUGA